UGAAGAUCUAGAAAUACUUGAAUCAUAAAACAAUUUGUUCUUUUUCUUAUAUGUCAAAAGAACAUCAACAAUUAGGUGAAGGAGAAUGAAAAGAAAAAGAGGGAAUUGAAUGGAGUGAAAGUAAACAAAAGAAAACUUGAAGAAAAAACAAGCAAAACAAUAACCUAUUGUAACCUCUUGUUAUUGUUUUGUUGAAAUUUGUUUAGGUGUUGGUCAUCCUCCUAUUUUCUCCAUUGAUCUCAAUUUUGGUUAAAAAAACAUGAAGUAGGCGUUGAAGAAGUAUCAAUUGAUAAAAGACUAAAAGGUGAGGAUAAAGAGGAAAAUGGUGGUGUUUCCUAUAAGAAGUGAAAAAUAGAUAAAGAAUUGGAGGAAAACUUGGAAGAGAAGAAGAAAAUAUUUGGAGGGGAUUGGUGCUAGAAAUGAGCAAAGAGUACAAAGGCAUUGUGAAGGCCUGGGAAGCAACGGUAAGAAAGUCACAAGGAUUCACGAAAAAACGAUCACAUACCAUAUUUGGGACAAUGAUGUCAGCGACAGUAGCUCAUGCAGACGAUGAAGAUCCUUCAUCGACAACGACAGCGACGACAACAACACAACAACAGAAAGAGGUAUUGUUACCCAACGGGGACUUCUACACAGGUCAGUGGCUGGAAGGGCUCCCUCACGGCUCUGGGAAAUAUCUUUGGACAGACGGGUGCAUGUAUUGUGGAGAAUGGCAAAAGGGUAAGACAACAGGGAAAGGUCGGUUCACUUGGCCGUCCGGUGCUAGUUACGAGGGCGAUUUCAAGGUAGGGUACAUGGAUGGUAUAGGGACUUACACAGGUUCAUCUGGUGAUACUUACAAAGGGUGUUGGGUUAUGAAUUUGAAACAUGGACAAGGGAUACAAAAUUACGCUACCGGGGAUUGUUAUGAUGGUGAGUGGAAGAAGGGUUUGCAGGAUGGUCAUGGUAAGUACCAGUGGAAAAGCGGGACCAACUAUGUGGGAGAGUGGAAUGGAGGGAUUAUGAAUGGGAAUGGUGUCAUGAAUUUUGAGGAUGGUAAUAGAUACGAUGGUAAUUGGGAAGAUGGGUUUCCUAAAGGGAACGGGACGUAUAGGUGGGCGGAUGGGGGUUACUAUGUUGGUGUUUGGAGCAAAGGUGAGGCCAAGGAAAGGAGUGGUACUUAUUAUACUGCUGGUUCGCAGGAGGCUGAGGAGGGUUCAGAAUGGGAUCAACAAGAGCUCUUCUUAGGGGAAUCUCUAUCGGCUUGCAAGAUCUCUGUAACUGAGGUUGCCUCCAUUUAUCCAUCACAGAAGGCGUGUUACGUACCUGGUUCUGACGCUGGGAGCUUCAAACAGAUGAAAGCACAUAGCUACGAUGGGAACUCAUCGGCGGCGGAUGGGAGGUUGAGCAAUUACAGUAUGAGUUCGUGGGAAGGGAGUGAUUCUGGGGUUGGUGGCGGGUUUGAUGGGGAAGGGGAGGAGUCUUAUUAUGGGUAUACUAAUGUGAAUGAGAAUUUGAACAAGCUGAGGUUGCAACCGGCAAAAAAGCAAGGGGAGACCAUUUCUAAAGGGCAUAAGAACUAUGAGCUGAUGCUCAAUCUCCAGCUGGGAAUAAGGCAUUCAGUAGGACGACCUGGUCCUCCGCUGACGUCUCUUGAUCUCAAGUCGUCAGCUUUUGAUCCGAGAGAAAAGGUGUGGACUAAAUUUCCCCCCGAAGGAUCCAAGUACACGGUGCCUCACCAGUCUUGUGAGUUUAGAUGGAAGGACUAUUGCCCUUUAGUUUUCAGGACUCUGAGGAAACUGUUCAACGUUGAUCCUGCGGACUACAUGAUAUCGAUAUGUGGGGAUGACGCACUUAGAGAACUUUCAUCUCCUGGGAAAAGUGGAAGCUUCUUUUACUUGACGAAUGAUGAUCGGUACAUGAUAAAGACCAUGAAGAAGGCCGAAGUCAAAGUACUAAUAAGAAUGUUGCCAGCUUACUAUAACCAUGUGCGGCAGUUCGAGAACACUCUUGUCACCAAAUAUUUCGGUCUUCAUUGUGUGAAAUUAACAGGGCCUAAUCAGAAGAAGGUGCGGUUUAUUAUCAUGGGAAAUCUGUUCAAUACAGAGUAUGCUAUUCAUAGGAGGUUUGACUUGAAAGGUUCUUCUCAUGGUCGCAUCACAUGCAAACCCGAAUCAGAAAUCGACGCCUCAACAACACUCAAGGACCUGGACCUCAACUACCUGUUCAGACUGCAGAGAGUAUGGUACCAAGAGUUUUGCAGGCAAGUGGACAGAGACUGUGAGCUGCUGGAGCAAGAGAGGGUGAUGGACUACAGUCUUCUGGUUGGCAUCCACUUUCGGGAGUCGUUUCACAGGGCGGAUAUCCCCACCCCACCCAGGACCUCCGGUGCUCGCACACCCACUGGCCUCCGUACUCCUACAGGAACUCGUACUCCUACUCGCACAGGAAACGGAGAUGUUGACAGUGAUGUGGUAGGAGGAGGAGCUCCAAGGCUUUCUAAAGCUGAGAUUGAUAAGCUCGUUCUCGAUCCCUCUCGGUGGGCGUCAAUCAAAUUAGGAAUGAACAUGCCAGCAAGGGUUGAAAAAACUGUACGAAGGGAUGGUGAGACUCAGCUGGUGGGAGAGCCAACUGGGGAGCUCUAUCAGGUCAUCUUGACGUUUGGCAUAAUAGACAUACUACAAGACUAUGACAUCAGCAAAAAGCUGGAGCAUGCAUACAAAUCAAUGCAGUACGAUCCAACGUCAAUCUCAGCCGUGGAUCCAAAACAAUACUCCAGGCGCUUUCGAGACUUUAUCUUUAAAGUAUUCGUAGAAGAAAGCUGAUCUUCAAAAGGUAACAAGCAACGUGUAUACAUAUUAAUGAGGUAACAACGUACAUAGCCAUUAGAAUGAAGCUAUGAUUCAAUUUGUAAAGUUAAGAGAAGCUAACAAAGGGUGGACGAGGAGAGGACAAGAAGUUUAUUGAGUUGAUUCUUUUUAGAACGUCAAAAUUUAUAUUUUGCUCCAUUAUUUUUUUUUUUUCUCUUUUAAUUAUCUGUUGUGCUCGAGAUUGGGUAGAGGGGUUCUUAAGUUGCAUUUUUUUCCCGGGAUCUAAUAAUGAUGUAUAGAAGGAGAACUGACUAUUUUUCAGGGUACCUUUUCCAAUAUUUUCUUCACAAACAGUUCUUUUUAUUGAGUGUAUAAUAUCUUGUGUAAUUUCAUGUUUUUGUUGCACUUCUAAUGUG